UUGUGUUGGGAUCAAAAUCAACGUUUUAACCGCGAAGCACUCGGCAAUCGAUGUAUAAUCGAAUGUUUCGAUAAUGUCCGUUGUUACCAAGUGGCGGUCAUUGCUGUGUGACUUUAAUCAGCUGCAGCUGAAAGCUACCUUGCUAGGUGGACAAAGCUUUCGUUGGAAAAACCAUAAACCUACGGAUUCGGAUCAGAUCGAUAAUGAAUACAUCGGCGUGUUUGCAAACAUUGUAUGGAUACUGCGACAAACGGAACGAGAAUUACAAUACCGUAUCGUGGGAGAACAGUCUUAUCCCAAUGGAGCAAACAAGGAUGUAGCGAAAUCAUCAUCCAUGCACGAACCUAGCACCCCAGUGAGCAAUCUAUCACAGGUGCGACUGAAGGUGGUAGAACCGGUUGAAUAUGGCACUGGAGAAGGAUUAUUGUAUCCGGUGUCUUAUUACGAACAGCUGCUACGCGUUUACUUCCGCCUCGAUGUAGACCUCGAACAACAUUACCAACAGUGGAUCAAAUGCCAUGACCAUUUUGCAAACAGUGCCACCAAGUUCUAUGCCGUUCGGCAGCUGAAUCAGGACCCGGUAGAGAAUCUGUUCUGCUUUAUCUGCUCUCAAAACAAUCACAUAUCACGCAUUUCCGAUAUGGUCGAAAAGCUUUGUCGCAACUAUGGAGAGAAAAUUUGUGAAUAUGAAGGUACAUGGUAUUACAAUUUUCCUUCAGUGGCUGCACUGGCCGAUGCAACUGUGGAGGAAAAAUUACGCGAACUCGGUUUUGGGUACCGGGCGAAGUACAUUCAACGGUCUGCCGAGAAAAUUCUGCACCUGGGUGAUCUCGAAUGGUUCCGGCAGCUCUGCCAGUUAGAUUAUAAAGCAGCCCACAAAGAGCUGCUAUCGCUUCCCGGCAUCGGACCGAAAGUGGCCGACUGUAUCUGUCUGAUGUCGCUCGGGCACCUGCAGGCCAUUCCCGUCGAUACGCACGUGUUUCAAUUGGCGAAACAUUACCUACCGAUGCUGGCCAAAUCGCAAAACGUCACUGACCGGCAGUACGUGACAGUGGCGGACAAAUUCCGCGAGAUCUACGGAGAGUAUGCGGGUUGGGCGCAAACGGUACUGUUCUGUUCCGAUUUGCGCCAGUUCCGGCAACGGACCGAGGCGGAAGGGCAAGAAAAUUCUGACAAACCAAGAAAAAAACAAAAGAAGAAAAUAUAACAACGACCGA